UCAUUAGCCUACAAAGCAGUAAUUUUGGUUUCAUUGGGAAUUUUGACAAUUUAAGAUUCGAUAAUUCGAUUAUCAAUGGUCUGAUCAGCUGUUUCUGUUUUUUUUUUCUACAGAUAAACAAUAUGAAUACUGAAUAUUCUAAUUGCAAUUAGAAAAUAGAUCUCAAUACUAUCGAUACAAAAAACAAUAGAUUCCAUUUCCCUGUUAAAAUGGAAUCAAGGGGUGAAACUUCAGAACUGCAACAAUUGGUUUCAAGUGAUGUGGAUGGAGAGUAUGACGAUAGCAUAACACAAGACGAAGGACUCAGUGAAAGUAAAGUGGUAUCACCAGUUCGCAGUAAUAAGAUUUCUUCAUCAGGUAAUACUAGUCGUAGUUCGAUCAACAGGUCCACUGGAAGGAAUAUUAACACCAAGAUACAUUAUGUAAAUGAAAGAAAAACUAAUCGUGAUAAUAUUAAGAAUAAUAACACAGCAAGACCUAGACAUCCCCAUAAAGAUAAUACAGUGAAACAUCAUUGUUUUAUCUCUGAAGUGCCGGAUGUCAGGCAUAUGGAGAAAGCCUUAUUGGAUUUAUUGAGCGACUUUAAUUCUGGAAAGCUCAGAGCAUUUGGAAGUGGCUGUACAAUGGCACAAAUGACAGAUAUAAGAGAACAGCAAGAGAAACUUGCCAAACUUCAUUUUGAUUUGAGUGGAACACCAGAUCCUUCUUUAAGCAACAGUAGUAUAGCUAGGUCUCAGAAUGCGAUGAGUGAACUGAUCCAAAGAUUGGAGCAACUGAGUGUAUCUAUAGAGGGACUGCACACUAACAGCAAAACUUAAUAAUGAUCAAAUUUGAUAUUAAAAUAUAUUUGUUAUAUUUUGUUUAUAAGACCUUUUAUUUCUAUAAUAAGACUUGUCAAGUAUCUAUGUUAUUUUUAACUUGAAGGAAAAAAUUAAUGUUUUUUUCUCUUCAAUUUCUUCUGGUGGGCCCUGGAUCACUUUUCCUCUCUAAAAAUGAAAUGUUAACGAUCACAUGGGAUUAAAUACAAUUAUUUAUUGGAUGUAAUGAUUAUCUAAUUAUAUUAAACGUUAAAAGUAAAUUA